UACUUAAAAUAAUGACUUAAAAUAUGUAAAACUUUAAAUAUAUUAUAAAUGAAAAAUUUUAAAAUUCACCAAAAGUAACCUAGAAAAAAAAAUAAAAAGUUACUGUUCAGGACAUAUUGGGACCGGGAUCGAGACAGGGUAAAAAGAAAUGGCAGCACAUAUGCAGGCAUCGGUUUUGACAGCGAGCACUGUUGGUGUGCCUUUUCCGGAUGAAACAAUUGAUGGAUCUGAAGGAAGCUAUGGUAGUGAAAGCCAAAGAGCAAAGGAUAAGUAAGUUUCUCCAUUUAAGUAAAGGUUUCCUCAAUUCAUGGGUUUUUAUGUUUACUUUUGUUUUAUGUAAUGUGAUGUGAAGUCAUGGAUUCGGAAGUUGAUGGUAUGACUUCGGCCAUGUUGGAAAGUUGCACUAUAUAGUAAUUUUCUUUUAUUUUAUUUUUAAAAAAAUCUGUGAUAUAAUCAUAUAAAUACAAGAAAAAUUAUUUU